CAGGCCUCCAUAAUUUCUGUCUCUCUGCUCACUUCUCUCUCUAUCUCUCUACUCCCCCAAUCUUAAACUGGCUCGAUACGUCUCUCGCCUCUCUACUCUCACUAGUUAGACUGUAAAUUCGUCCAAGUUUUGGGUUUCCUCGGUUAACUGGUAGCCGAGGGAUCAAAUACAGCUGCUGAAGAAGGUAAAGGGAUUGACGUUAAUCGUAAACCAUUUGAUAGUACUUGGGAAGAGUUCUCUGAUGGCAAAUGAAGAAGUCAUCGCUGUUAAAGAUGCUAUCCACAAGCUGCAACUCUAUCUUCUUGAAGGCAUUAAAGAUGAAAACCAACUCUUUGCUGCUGGGUCUUUGCUGUCUCGGACAGAUUAUCAGGAUGUAGUAACUGAACGAUCAAUAGCAAACAUGUGUGGUUAUCCUCUUUGCAGCAACUCUCUGCCUUCUGAAAGGCCUAGGAAGGGACACUACCGGAUAUCAUUGAAGGAGCAUAAAGUUUAUGAUCUUCAUGAAACAUACAUGUACUGUUCAACAAACUGUGCUGUCAACAGUGGAGCAUUUGCCCGUAGCUUGCAAGACGAGAGAAGCUCUACUUUAAAUACAGCAAAACUUAAUGAAGUCCUGAAGCUAUUUGUGGGAUUGCAUUUGCAUUCCACAGAGGAUGUGAAGGAAAAUGGAGAUCUAGGAUUAUCCAAGUUGAAGAUUCAGGAAAAGGUGGAUGUAAAGGGUGGUGAAGUUUCAAUGGAAGAGUGGAUGGGUCCAUCUGACGCGAUUGAAGGCUAUGUUCCCCAGAGAGAACGAAAUGUGAAGCCAGCACUCUUGAACAACAUUAAGAAAGGUUCCAAGAAUAAGCAGGCCAAACUCCAAAAUGAGAAAAACAUGAUACUACAUGAGAUGGACUUUUCCAGCACUAUAAUAACUCAAGAUGGUUAUAGCAUUUCAAAGUUACCAGCACCUGUAAAUGCUGUCUCAAGUAAAAAGGUUAAAGAAGCACAAACAAGAACAAGCUAUGAAGUUAGGGAUGUUGAUGUUUCUAUAUUGGGGAAGCAAGUUGAUGCCUUGCAGUUGCAUUCCGGAGAAGAAACAGAAAAAACAGAUUCGAAUAAUAGAAGUUAUAAGGUCGAUAAAUUUAACACUGGAGAAGUGUCUUCUGGUCCUUGCCAACAUGAUGUCAAGAACAAAAGUCUUGAGGUACUAAAUAUGUCUGAUGCCGGAAGAGAAUAUGCAUCAGAUGAUGCACGUGAAAAACAAUCGCUCAGAUCUUCUCUAAAAUCCUCAAAGUACAAGAAAAUGGCUCGUUCAGUUACUUGGGCUGAUGAAAAUGUUGAUAAUGGCACUGGAAAAUUAACGGAGAGUUCAUCCGAAAUAUCAGAAGAAGGGGAUCAAGCUAAUAGGGAAUCAGGCCCUACAAACAUGGAAGAGGAUGAUGAUUCAUAUCGAUUUGAAUCUGCAGAAGCAUGUGCAGCAGCACUAAAACAAGCAGCAGAGGCUGUUGCCUCAGGUUCUGAUGUCCCUGAUGCUGUGUCCACUGCCGGGAUUAUAAUAUUGCCACCUCCACAAAAAGUGGAUGAAGCAAUACUUAAGGAGAACGAUGAGGUGCUUGAUAUAGAACCAGCUCCUUUAAAAUGGCCAAGAAAACCAGGGGUGCCAAAUUAUGAUGUUUUUGAAUCAGAGGACUCUUGGUAUGAUAGUCCACCAGAGGGGUUUAAUUUGAAUCUGUCACCUUUCGCUACGAUGUUUAAUUCCCUCUUCACAUGGAUAUCAUCAUCGUCCUUGUCAUUCAUAUAUGGCAAUGAUGAAAGCUUUAAUGAGGAGUAUUUGUCUAUCAAUGGAAGUCAAUAUCCUCGCAAAAUUGUGUUAUCUGAUGGCCGGUCAACUGAGAUCAAGCAGACUCUUGCUAGGUGUCUUGCUCGAGCAUUGCCGGGAUUGGUUGCUGACCUUAGGCUGCCUGUACCAAUAUCAGUUUUAGAACAAGGACUGGUUCUCUUGAUAGAUACAAUGUCUUUUGUGGAUCCACUCCCUGCAUUCAGGAUGAAGCAGUGGCAACUAAUUGUUCUUCUGUUUCUGGAUGCUCUUUCCAUAUGUAGGAUACCUGUACUGACUCCAUAUAUGACAGGGAGAAGGACUUUGCUUCCAAAGGUGCUUGAUGGUGCUCAGAUAAGCGCAGCAGAAUAUGAGAUCAUGAAAGAUCUAAUCAUUCCACUAGGUCGAGUGCCUCAGUUCUCAAUGCAAAGUGGAGGCUAAUUUGAUAUAAUACGGCUUUGCAGACUUCCUUCUCUAAACUUUCAUGAGAGAAAGUAGUUCUGGAAAGUGUGCCCAAAAGUCAUAAUUAUAUUUGGUGUUGCAACUUCUGUUCAUAUCUGUUUAUGUUUUAUAGAGAUGGUUCAUUAUUGACGAGAUUCUCUUCGAUAUCAUUCUUCUGCGGGCUAAUAACAUUUUUGGUUUGAGGUGUAAAGAGGGGUUGAUUGAGUGGAAAACUGGAUAUACAUUGAGAGGGAAGCAUCUUUUUCCUCAUGUGGUAAGAAGUAAAAGAGGAUUGAAGGAAAAGUAGUGACCCCACAGUUUUUUCGAAACCAUCUAGAAGCCGGCGGAAGGAGGAAGUGUCUCAGUUUUACUUCCUUUCUAACAGUAUUGAAUGAUUGGAAGUAAAUCUUCUAUACUUGGUCUAAGUGAAGUAAGUGAACAAUUUUCUAUUUC